AUGCUGUCCAUGCGCGCGUGUUCGGAGAAGUCGAGGUUUUGCCUAAUCGACGAGAGGAAGCUGGCGAAAUGGCGCGGGCGUGGCGGAGGCGACCUGGAGCCGGUCCUCGCGAGCGGCGCGAUCGCCCUCCUCGACGCGCAGUGGAUCAUCAGCCACGCCGAGGCGGGCGGAGUCCUCACCCACCGCCAGGCGCUGCCCAAAGAGGCCUUCCUCUCCCUCGCAGACCUCGUCGAGGCGACCACCGGCAAUGAUAACUCUUGCAGGGCUAGCCUUCCCGUCGCCGCGCUCUCCUACCCCAGGACCAAGGAUCACCCCGACCCGCUCGGAUUCAACCUCAUUCACGUCGCAAAGGCGCUCAAGGCCCUGCUCAGCGACCAAUACGGCAGCAUCCCGCGGCUCGGCGUCUUUUGGGACUUCGCUUCGCUGCACCAGCACCCCGACCCCGCCAACGGCAUUAUGCGCACCGAGGAGCAGAACGUGCUCUUCAAGCAGGGGGUGGGCUGCCUCGGCAAGCUCUACUCCCACCCCAAAACGAUCGUGCUUCGGCUGACUUCCUUCCCGGACGGCCACAAGAAGGAGGACCAGGCCGAGGGCACCAACGUGGCCGCGUAUUCUGACUGUGGCUGGUGCGCCGCCGAGAACGCCUGGGCGAGCCUGACCAAGUCCUUACACCUUUCCCUCGACCUCGGCUUGAUGCGCGACGGCAAGGCGUACGACUACCACAGCCUCUUCUCCGACUGCACCAAUCUCCGCUGCCGGCGCCCUCCGCUGCUGCCGUCUGCGUUUGCGGCGGAGCUGGAGACGAAGAGCUUCACCAACGGCAAGGACGACAAGCCGCUCGUGAAGCGGCUUUACGCGGUCAUCUUCGAUAAGCAGUUUGGCAAGCAGACUCAGCUGGACUACGGCUUUCAUGGCUGGGGCGACGCGGAGACGGCGCAGCUGGCGGGGGUCCUCGCGAGAGGGGCAGCGCCGCGGCUCGAGAAGCUCUAUCUCCGCAGCAACGAGAUUGGCGACGAGGGCUGCAAGGCGCUGGCCGCCGCCCUCGGCAAGGAGGGGGCAGCGCCGCGGCUCGAGUAUCUCUAUCUCGACGGCAACAAGAUUGGCGACGAGGGCUGCAAGGCGCUGGCCGCCGCCCUCGGCAAGGAGGGGGCAGCGCCGCGGCUCGAGUAUCUCUAUCUCAACGGCAACCAGAUGGGCGACGAGGGCUGCAAGGCGCUGGCCGCCGCCCUCGGCAAGGAGGGGGCAGCGCCGCGGCUCGAGUAUCUCUAUCUCGACGGCAACAAGAUUGGCGACGAGGGCUGCAAGGCGCUGGCCGCCACCCUCGGCAAGGAGGGGGCAGUGCCGCGGCUCGAGACGCUCGGUCUCACCUGCAACAAGAUUGGCGACGAGGGCUGCAAGGCGCUGGCCGCCGCCCUCGGCAAGGAGGGGGCUGGGGCGCGGCUCGAGGAGCUCUGGCUCAGCCGCAACCAGAUUGGCGACGAGGGCUGCAAGGCUCUGGCCGACGCCCUCGGCAAGGAGAGGGCAGCGCCGCGGCUCAAGAAGCUCGGUCUCACCUGCAACAAGAUUGGCGACGAGGGAAACAAGGCGCUGGCCGCCGCCCUCGGCAAGGAGGGGGCUGGGGCGCGGCUCGAGGAGCUCUGGCUCAGCCACAACCAGAUUAGCGACGAGGGCUGCAAGGCGCUGGCCGCCGCCCUCGGCAAGGAGGGGGCAGCGCCGCGGCUCGAGACGCUCUAUCUCGGCAACGACGUUCGGUGGGCGGCGGACGUGCUGCAGAACAAGCUGACGCGGGCCCAGUACCUCGAUGAGAUUGUGAAUGUGCUUGCCUGCGGCGAGGGCGGUCGAGUGCACGGAGCUAAGUGCCUCGCCGUCCUCGCGGGAGUCGCUUAG